CGUGCUCACUCGCACCGCACACCAUGGCCGCCAUGUCGCUGUACAUCCCCGUGUAGCCGCGCACUUCCCCACCGCCCCCUGCUCCGCCCUCUUACCACCCCGCUACAUUCCCCUCCCCUGCGCCCGCUACUCGGGUGAAUGCGGUAGCGCCCCGCGGGCCAUCAUUGGCUGCCGUUGGCCGGCGCGGGGAGACGCACGGCGCGCUGACGUCAGAGCGCGGCGCGCGGCAGAGACGGGCCGGGGGCUGUGGGCGCCAUGAGCAAAGCGCACCCGCCCGAGCUGAAAAAGUUCAUGGACAAGAAGCUGUCGUUGAAGCUGAACGGCGGCCGGCACGUCCAGGGCAUCCUGCGGGGCUUCGACCCCUUCAUGAACCUGGUCAUCGACGAGUGCGUGGAGAUGGCGCCGGGCGGGCAGCAGAACAACAUCGGCAUGGUGGUGAUCCGAGGGAACAGCAUCAUCAUGCUGGAAGCUUUGGAACGAGUAUAAAACCCUGGAGAACCUCAAAUCCCAACCCACCAGUUCCGUUCCCUCGUCCAAGACGCCGCCCACAAGUGUACAAUUAUUUUGUUGUUAAUUAAAUUUUGUAAUGGUUGACCUAA